AUGAUUUCUCGUGAAAAAGAUACCGAUUAUCAAAACGCUCUUUAUUAUGAUCUUAUUCUUAAUGAUAUUGUUUUAUCUGAUUUCGAUGGAUCAGCUGAACAAUUACAACAUCUGCUAAAUAUUGACUGUGCGUUAGCUUUAAGCGUUUGCAAAAGUCGAAAUUUACCAUCAUGUGUCUUUGUCUUAAGUCUCUUGUAUAUGAAACGUUUACGUUCACUUCAUUCGGCAUCAUCGUUGACAAAAAUUGAUAAUCUAACAACUAGUGAAUUAUAUUUAAUAGCAACAUUGAUUGCAGAUAAAUAUCUCGUUGAUGAUGGUGAAAAUGAACAACUGUUUAACUCGGAUUUAGCUGAAUUAACUGGUAUUCAUAUUGAACGUAUUAAUUUAAUUGAACGACAAGUUUUAUUGUCAUUACAUUGGAAUUUACAUAUACCAAGUGAUGAAUAUAAACAAUUUUUUUCAUUGUUCAAAACUCAGAUGUCUAAAAAAUUGAAUAGAACUAUUGACAAAGUCGACAUUGAAGAUUCAAAUGUAUUUUAUAGUCUUUGCUUUAAAAUUUUGCCACAAACGGUAGAAUGUCUUGCGCUAACAAGUUUAGUUUUACUUGGUUCUGCAAUAUCGAUUCUAACUGCAAUACAUUUGAGUACAUUAACACAUUCAACAUUAAUGAAAACAUUAAAUCCGACAGUCAAUUGUUUUAAUUCAACGAUUUGCUACUCGAACGAACAUGAUUAUACAAAUACUAGUCUUAUAAAACAAAGCAACAUAUUUAAUUUGAAUCCAAUUCGGUCGAUACCAGAAAGAGAUUCUUCAAAUGAAACAGCAAAUGAAUAUCGACCAGUCAAGCUAUACUAUGAUAUAUCUUCUUGUUCAAUGAAUCUUCUUGAGCCAUAUUCAUUAACUAGACCACUUGUUCAAGCGUUGGGUUAA